CAUAGCGCCUCUUUCUCUCUUUCUCCCAUCUUUUUCGUUUCAUUCGUUUUUUUCUUCAUUCCAAUUUCACUCUCUCACACUCACUCAAAAUUCAAUCUUUAUCAAUUUUACGAAUACCAUUUUGAAUUCUGAUCACAUUGGUGUCUUUUUCCGGCGAUACACUGACGGUGGAAAAAGUUACAAAAAUGACACCAGAGAAGAAGAAACCCUUGGAAAUUGAGAAUUUGAACCCUAAUGAGUUUUCUAAUCGAACCCCACUUCAGAAAUCGUUGACUAAGGGUGACAAUAAUUGUGUUAAUGUUGUUGUUGUUUCGCCGCAGAAGAGAAUUCGUCAGAGAAAGUUUGUUGUUGCAAAGAAGAAGAAGAAUGAUCAAAGUCCUAGGAAAACUGUUUUGUGUAAAUGUGGAGAGAAUGAUGAUGGAAGUAAGUGUGUUUGUGAAGCGUAUCGGAAUUUGAGGGAAUCACAAGAAGGGUUUUUUGAAAAAGAGAAUUUUUUUGAUGGUGAAGAGAAAAAUGAUGAAGAGAAAGGUGAAAAUGUUCUUGAAGAAGUUAUUGAAGCAAAUUUGAUUAUUCAUGAUAUUGGUAACGAAGAAAGAAAAAUUGAUGAAGAAGAAGGUGUAGAGGAAGAAAAUGAAGAAAAGGGUAAUUGUAGUUCAAUGGUGAAAAGGAGAAGAGAGAAAGUAAUGGAAGAAGCAAGGAAUAGUGUACCUGAAAAUGGGAAAGUGAUGCAUUUGGUGAAGGCUUUUGAGAGGUUACUUAGUAUAAAAAAGGAGAAAGAGAAGAAUGAGGAAGAGGAAGAGAAUGAUAAGAAGAAUAAGGUGAUGAAAUGGGCAUUACCUGGAUUGCAAUUUCAACAACCUGUUAAGGAUGGUGAUGAACAAUCUGAAGUUGUUUCGAGUUGUUGUGAUGAUGAUGGUAGUUUGUUUAAUUGUACUUUGACUUCUGAACAACUUGGAUUGGAUCAAAGGGCUUCAGUUACAUCUUCUUGGGAUUGUGGAAGUGGAAGAAGUGUGUGUAGCAGGAAUUCUUCUGGUGGUAGAAGAAGCAGAAGAAAUAGCUUGGAAUCAUCUAGUACUAUUGGAGGAAGGAGGUGGAAGAAGAAGCAGAAGCUAAAAGUCACUAGCCAGAAACCAUUCAAGCUAAGGACUGAGCAAAGGGGAAAGAUGAAAGAGGAACAGUUGAUGAAAAAGGUAAAGGAGGUUUUGACAGAAGAAGAGAAGAUGAGAAUUCCUAUUGCACAAGGUCUUCCAUGGACUAUUGAUGAACCUGAGUGCUUGCUAAAACCUCCGGUGAAAGAAAACACAAAGCCUAUUGACGUGAAACUUCAUAGUGAUUUGAGGGCAAUUGGUCGCGCUGAAUUUGAUCAUCAGGUGGCUGAAAAAUUGAGUUUGAUAGAACAACAGAAAAUGGAAAUGGAAAGGCAACAAAAGUUGGCUGAAGAGGAAGAGAUUAGGAGAUUGAGGAAGGAACUCAUUCCUAAAGCGCAGCCAAUGCCGUAUUUUGACAGACCAUUUAUUCCAAGGAGGUCAAUGAAGAAUCCAACAAUACCAAAAGAACCAAAGUUUCACAUACCACACCAUAAGAAGAUUAAGUGCUUGACAUUGAAUGAAAUGAGAUCAUACUCUUCAUGCUUCAACUGAGGAUUCAGAGGACUUUUGCUGAAGAAAAUGUUCAUGAUUCCAGAGGUCAUUUUGCUGAUGUGAAGAGAUAUAUUCAAUUUGUAUAUGGACAAGCAAUACUAGUUGCAAAUUUUGGUUUUGCCUUUGAUCAAUUGUAUCAAUUUUAGUGCAAUAAUUUUUGUACUGCUAGACAUAAGCAGAUGGAUUGGGGCAAAAGGUAUCUUCUUUUCAUUGAAAUGAAAUGAACUUACUUUUUUUUUAUGUGAAUUCAUUGUCACUUUUUAA